AGCUGAGACCUGAGAGAGAAGAGAGGUCUCCCAAAUCAAACCCACCCUCUCUGCCUGCAGCUGGGACCCAGUCGUCAGCCUCUGUCGCCCAUCUCUCCCGAGCGACCUGUAUAGAGAGAGGGGGCGAAGAGAGGAGGAAGCUACUAGAGGGGAGGGAAGCAGAGGGGCGAGCAGCAGAGGAGGAGAUGGCGGAGGAGACGGCGGAGGCGGCGGCCCGCGUGGCGGAGCAGGCGCGGGAGCUGCAGGACGCGGCGGCGGCGCUCAUGUCUCGGGCGCGGGCGGAGGAGGAGGCGCUGCGCCGCCGCGCCGCGGCACUCGCGGGGGAGCUCGGACGUCUGCGCAAGGCCGCCGCCGCCGCCGCUGGGCACGCCGACCGUGAGAAGGUUGAGGAGGACUUGGAUCGAGCGGCAUGCCUCAUGAGCGACGGCGACAUCGCGUCGAUCGUCCCGAGCAAGGCGCACGGCACUUUUUUGAAGGUGCUCUUGGGCCCAGUGAAUCUCCGGGCAAGGAAGGAGGUGCAGCUCAAGGUGAAGGAGGAAUACAAUAGCUACAGGGAUAGGACUGCAGUAGUGUUUCUUGGUUUCCCGAUGAUUCUGUUGUUUCUUCGAACAUGGUUAUGGAAUGGAUGCUUCCCAGCAUUGCCAGUUCAGCUAUACCAGGCUUGGCUGUUAUUCCUGUAUACAACUUUAGCUUUGCGAGAGAACAUUUUGCGAGUUAAUGGAAGUGAUAUCCGUCCUUGGUGGGUAAGCCAUCACUAUUGUGCCAUGCUGAUGGCUCUUGUAAGUCUCACAUGGGAGAUUAAAGGACAACCUGACUGUGCACGUAAACAGAGAGGUGUUGAGCUGUUUCUGUGCUGGGCUGUGAUGCAAGGUUUUGCCAUGAUGUUGCAGAACAGAUACCAACGUCAAAGACUAUAUACUCGGAUUGCUUUAGGGAAGGCUAAAAGAAUGGACGUAGUGUGGGGGGAGACUGCUGGUGUUGAAGGUCAAUUAUUGCUGUUGUGUCCUGUCCUCUUUCUGUUACAGGUCUUUGAGGGUUAUGUUGGAUUUUUACUUCUUCGGACAGCUCAUAGAGGCAUCAUCCCUGAGUGGCAGGUUGUGGUGUGUGGGAUCCUGCUUAUUGCAAUGGCAAUUGGCAACUUUGCAAACACAGUGGAUACAUUGAUGGUCAAGUCAAGAUUCAAAGCGAAAAUGAAGAAAUCCAAAAGCAAACGUGAUCUUGCUGCGUGCACCUCACCAACUGGCUCAUCGCUGACAAAUUCGGCAGCUGGAGCUUGAAAAGGAGAUGUUCCCAUCCUAUGAACAUUGCGUCAUUGCCCAUGUCCAAUCAGGGUUAUCCUAAUUGUAAAGCAUUAGUUUUUCGGCCACCAGCUCCUAGAGCUGACCGUCCCUGUCAAGGUUAUACUUGUGUAGUCAUCAAACAACUAGGUUGCUGAUGGUCUCAGGUUGAGGGUAACCAAGAAUAAUGUUUGUUUAUCUUUUUUUUUCUGAACAGCAAGUGGGCUAGAUGAACUUAGGAUUGUAAGAUGUAGCGCAAUUUUCCCAGUAUAGCUAUUGUGAGACUUACAUUGUCGGAAUCAAACAUGUGAAGUUGUAUACAGCUGUGACCCUGUCAAUUCUGUCUUCAUAAGGCGUUUCUGUUGUUGGGCCA